ACCAAACUUCGCCACGCCAUGGCGGAGCUACUACUGCAGCCCAGUUACCGCUUCGCCGCCAUUACUAGAAACUCCAUCCUCUUUCUUCUCCUCCUCUUAUUCCUCUUAUGUUCAUCAGUUCUCCCCCGAGUCUCGGCAUUCCCGCUCUCCACCGAAUCGCGGUGGAUCCUCGACGACGCCACCGGCCGGAGAGUGAAGCUCGCCUGCGUAAACUUGGCGUCCCACUUAGAACCCAUGGUGGCCGAGGGACUCAACAGACUUCCCAUCAAUGAAAUCGCUCAGAAGAUCACUUCAAUGGGUUUCAAUUGCGUUCGCCUCACUUGGCCGCUUUACUUGGUCACCAACGCCACUCUGGGUUCCACCACCGUCAGACAAUCUUUCCGGCGACUCCAAUUGGACGAUCCCAUCGCUGGAAUUGAGACUCACAAUCCUUCCAUCAUCGACCUCUCCCUUCUUCAGGCCUUCAAGGAAGUGGUAGGGCGACUUGGGCAAAACGAUGUGAUGGUUGUAUUGGACAAUCACGUCACCAAGCCUGGCUGGUGCUGCAGAGAUUUCGAUGGGAAUGGUUUCUUCGGCGAUGAAUACUUCACCCCUGAUUUAUGGGUCGAGGGUCUUACUCGAAUGGCCGCCAUGUUUAAAGGUUACAGCAACGUGGUUGCGAUGAGCUUGAGAAAUGAGCUUCGUGGCCCUAAAGAGAACUCCAACGACUGGUACAGGUACAUGACAAGAGGAGCUGAAGCAGUUCACUCAGCAAAUGCAGACAUUCUCGUUAUCCUAUCCGGGCUGAACUACGAUGGAGACUUGUCGUUCUUGAACAACCAGCCAGUGAAGUUGACGUUUAGCAAGAAGUUAGUGUUCGAGGUUCACUGGUAUGGGUUCACAGAUGGAGACGGGUGGGCUGAUGGGAACCCGAAUCAGGUCUGUGGGAUUGUGAUCAAUCAUUUGAAGAGAUCGGCCACGUUUUUGUUGGAUCAGAAGUAUCCGUUGUUCGUGAGUGAGUUUGGGAUUGAUCAAACUGGGACGAAUUUGAAUGAUGAACGGUUCAUAAAUUGCUUCCUUGGAUAUGCAGCUGAGCUUGAUUUAGAUUGGGCGAUAUGGACGGUUGUUGGAAGUUACUAUUUAGGGGAAGGAGUAGUAGGGAUGAGUGAGCCUUACGGUUUGUUGAAUUGGGAUUGGGUUGAGAUUAGGAACACAUGGUUCUUGGAGAAACUCUCUGCCCUUCAGGUUCCUUUCCAAGGACCUGGUUUAGCAGAGGCUGAGAUCCACAAGCUGAUCUUCCACCCCUCCACAGGGCUAUGUGUCCUUAGAGGCGAAACAUCUUCCGAUCCCUUAAGGCUAGGAGCUUGCUCGAGAUCCGAUCCCUGGAGCUACUCUGGACAAACUCUAUCACUGCAGGGAAGUACUAACCCUUCCUGUUUAAGUGCUGAUAAGUUAUGGAGACCGGUGCGACUCAAUGGGGACUGCUCGGUGUGGGAGAUGAUCACCGACUCCCAGAUGCACCUCUCGACGAAGCUCAAAGAUGGGACCUCGGGUUGUUUAGAUGUGGACUCAAACAACAAUGUGGUGGCGAAUCCUUGCAAGUGCGUUAGGGUAGAGGAGAGAUGUGACCCCGGAAGCCAAUGGUUCAAGUUGGUGGACAGCACAAGGAGGCCGAACGAUAGAGCGGUGCCAUCUGGGUCCAGGCAACGAUCGAGGAGACGUGGGUUCUCUUCUGGAAGGAGUUUGCUGUGGGAGUUCUUGGGCAUCACUUUGGAUUGAUAGGAAAUUUUUUCACUUGAUGUUAAAAAUAGGGAAGUUCAGGAACUUGGGAACAACGCUCCAACUACUACUAGUCUUUUGUACAGUCUGUAAGUUAUUUCUUUUAGCCAUUACUAAUUCAACACGAAAACAACAACAAAUUUACGUGGUAUUCAUGAUGAUCUGGACUCGUCCACAAGAGUAGUCCACAGGACUAGUCAAUGAGGGC